AUGUCCAAAGUGAUUCAGAGGAAGCACCACUGGAUCCACAAAGUCCACGAGUGCGCCGUGGUCCGGGACGCGUCUGGGGAGCUGAACGUGGAACUCCGCGGUGGAGCAGAGAAUGGGGAGUUCGCGUACGUCGGGGAAGUUAAAGAGGAUGCUGAGCUGUACCAGGACGGCAAACUCUGCGAGGGGGAGCUUCUGCUGGAGGUGGAAGGGCUGUCGGUGGCCGGGUUACCCCUGUAUGACAUAUACACUGUGAUGAAGUGCUGCCAUGAUCCCAUCAGGCUGACCACUGUGCGACAAGAGACGGGCACGGACGAACGGGACGAGCACGGAGACGAGAGCAGGCCACGGAGGAAGACCACGAGCGGGACCCGUCGAGUGCCAAGGAGGCGAACCGUGAAGCGAUCUACACGCAGCGGCGGGGCUCAUACCCCGCCUACGCAAGGUCUACGGCCCUGGGAUCCGCGGCGGCAGCUGGAGGGCUGCAAUCCGGAUAAAGAGCGAGGACGCAGAGUCACUGGGACGUACCGCGAAGCGACCUACACGCAGCGGCGGGGCUCAUACCCCGCCUGCGCCAAGCGGUGUGCGCCAUUCACAUUGGGGACGAGCGCCGUCUACCUGCCUCUGGCCCACGUUAGCCUCAGCCAUUGGGGCACAAUUCCCCCGGAGCCCCCACAUCCGAGAUUGAGGCGCCAAGACCGUGAAAACCCCCCCUCCGAAAGUGCCUUGCGAGAUCAACUGCUGCUAGGCUUGAGCGACAGCCCACUGGCCCAAGCUCUGAAGGUCUAUGCUCGCCGUCACCCAGAGCUGGAUUUCACAGAGCUACGUGAGGAGGCCAGGUUAUUGGAGACUGAGUACGGCCGGGGUCAACCAGAGGUAACGUGUGCCUCAGUUCAAAAACAUUAUGACUCUCCUAAAACCCCACAGGGAUUGGACUGGAAGGAGCAAUUGAAGCGCGAAAUCAUGGAGGAGGUGAACGUCCAAAUGAAGGGGCUGUCCCGUGAUAUCCUCGCUGAGCUUAAACCCCUGCUGCAGUCUGCCUCUCCCCAGUCAAGCCCCCCCAACACCACGUGGAACCGCCGGUAUUCACCGAGACCCUAUAAUGACCGGGACGAGCAAGGAAUGAACGUCAUCAUGGCUUGUUGGGAUAACAUCUUUAAGAGGUCAAAGAUGCCUGCUCUCCCACCACAAUUUAAACAUCUGAGAGUGUGGCGGGAGGCGUUUGCCACCUGCAGCCGCAUAGAAGUAGCCCCCACAGAGGACGGGUCAAUGGGUUUCGUGAGGUUGGCCACGAAGAAUAACAUUUCAGUCCCUCCAAACAGUGAGAUAGUGGUGUGGGGUCGUACUCGGAUGGGGCGGGGUGGAACAGAUUUCUGUGCCCUUAUAGAGCCGGUUCCUGGGGCUAAUAUUGGUGGUGUGGGUGUGGCUAGAACGCUGGUCGAGGUGAGGAAAGGAAGAGUCCCUGUUCGCAUUUGUAACCCCCACCCCUACAGUGUGUCUGUAGGUCGUUUUACGAGGUUAGGGCAGCUUUAUCAUAUUGAAGAGGCAGAUGUACAUGGCCCAAAUGACCCAUCUCUGUUUCUUGAGGGAGACGACGUCGUAGCGGUAACCCUGGUAGAUGUCACAACUUCGGCGGCUAACUCUGAGUUGCCCCCAGAGGUGAGCAAACUGAAAACGCGCCCUGACUUGUCUGAGGUGCAGCAGGAGGAGCUGGAGGCCCUGCUGCAGAGGUGGGAGAAGGUCUUUGCCGUACAUGACGAGGAUUUUGGCCGGACUGACCUGGUGCAGCAUAGAAUCCCUACGGGCGAUGCUGCCCCCAUCCGAGAGAGGCACCGGCCAAUCCCCCCAAUGCUGUACAGAGAAGCCAUACCACCCGUCGAUGAGCUGGUGGAUGCAGCUGCAGUGGAGACGGGCAGAGACGGGCACGGACGAACGGGACGAGCACGGAGACGAGAGCAGGCCACGGAGGAAGACCACGAGCGGGACCCGUCGAGUGCCAAGGAGGCGAACCGUGAAGCGAUCUACACGCAGCGGCGGGGCUCAUACCCCGCCUACGCAGUAAGUCUACGGCCCUGGGAUCCGCGGCGGCAGCUGGAGGGCUGCAAUCCGGAUAAAGAGCGAGGACGCAGAGUCACUGGGACGUACCGCGAAGCGACCUACACGCAGCGGCGGGGCUCAUACCCCGCCUGCGCCAAGCGGUGUGCGCCAUUCACAUUGGGGACGAGCGCCGUCUACCUGCCUCUGGCCCACGCCAGGGGCACUUUCUGUCUGUUGGAGGAAGAGAUGACCUUGGCCAGCAGCUGUGUGUCUAAAGUUGGCUGUUGUGGUGCUUGA